AGUACCUCUUGAACAAUUGAACAUGGGAAGCAUCAUUCCUUGCUUUGAUAUGAUAGCAAGGGAUAUUGCUAUUGUUUCAGCGGUGACUAGUGGAAGUAAAAGAUUUUUUCUUGGAACUGAUAGUGCUCCCCAUGAGAGACGAAGAAAAGAAUGUCCUUGUGGUUGUGCUGGCAUUUAUAAUGCCCCAGUUGCCUUAGCCUUAUAUGCAAAGGUCUUUGAAGAGGCCGGGGGACUUGACAAGCUUGAGGCAUUUACAAGCCUUAAUGGUCCAGACUUCUAUGGUCUUCCAAGGAACACAUCAAAGAUUAAAUUGAUCAAGACUUCAUGGAAAGUUCCAGAGUCUUUCUCGUUUUCAUUCGGUGAUAUCAUUCCUAUGUUUGCAGUUGAAACAGUAGAGUGGCAAGCAUCCUUCUCGUAACUCGUAGGUCAGUUUUCACGAGCAGACUAUAAUUUCAAAUUAUUUCUGGUCAUGAAUGUGCCUGCAUAGUAUGUUGAUUGCUGACUGUGAACUUAUUGUUUUCAAACGAGUUUUGAAGCAAACAAACUUUUCUUACUUUUUCAAACAACCGUAUGUUAGAUAAUGAUAUGCAGCUCGGUGCAAAUUUUUGGUGGUUUGCUUUAUGUUGUGGAAUGUCUAAUUAACAUCACACGUUUUAUUAAUUUGUUGGUUUACAAUUAGAACUCUAAGUCAAAAGCCUAGAAGGCAGACAAAAAGGAGGAAAACAACAAUUGAAAAGUCCUAUUAUAAGACUUAUAGUUGCUGGUAGAACAUAACCUGAGUAAAUUAUUAGUAUGCUACGUAUUCACUAAUUCACAUGAAUAAUGAAAUAACACCAAGAAAUUAAAAUAUAAUCCUUCAAGUAGUUGUAAAAUGCAUAUGGAAGAUAUUAUAGAGAGGUAAAAGUUUCUCUACGUCACAGUUACGUAUGGCUCCCUAGGGUUUUUUAAAGAUGCAGCAUGGGACGUGGAUCUCUUAACUAUUAAGGACUUGAGAGUCUUAAGAUCUCAGAUUUAAACUUAUAAAUGGAUGGAGAGAAAUUUUAGAAAAGUGAUGACUGUCAUUGUAUUUUUCCUUUUUCCCUUAUCAGCAUGGCUAUCGUUGAAUAACCUACAAGACAUAGGAUUCAUGAGCAGUAUGACAAGUUAAUCAUAAUUUGAGACGUCAGAGUAUGCAUACUGAUUCCUUUGGGUCCAAGUGAAUGAAAAAUAUUCUCAUUUUAUUAUUAAUUUGUAUACGUGUUAAAAUUUCAUUAGCUUUUUAUGCCAUGUAGAAUAUAUAUACUUAUUGCAG